AAUUCGCAACAGUCUGAUUUCGGUUGAAAGGUUUUGACACGUCUUCCUAACCUAUUUUCAAAAUGUAUUAUUUAUAAGUAAUAAUUAAUUUCAUCAAAAAGUGAAUCAUGCAACGUACUACAAACCCGAACGAGGACAAAGUUGAUCUCCAAAUUCAACAAAAUGUUACAAACUGGCAGUCAACUAAUAACUCCUUGGCCCCCUUGUCUGACGAGCAGUUGGAUAUUAUUUAUCAAGUUGGGGACUUGAUUAAAAGUGAACUUGCGGCUAGAGAGCCCGAAAAAGAAGACACAGACACAAAAGACAAAUCUGAGGUGAUGCCGGUUGUUGAUACAAAUAGGGCUUACAUAAAUUGGAUGAUUUCAUCAGAAAAUGAGAUAAAGCAUGAAAAUUUGAAAGAGUAUCAGAAUUAUUACCAAACACUUCACGACCAGAGUACUAGGUGCAAGAAAUUAUUCAGUUGUGCUGAUGAAACUUCCAAUUUAUUACAAGACUUGAGAAGUAAAUAUUUGCAAGUUACGGCAAAAACAGAUUCCUUGCAUAAUUUAAGUGAGCAGUUAAUGACUCAUCAAAGGAUAUUAAAAGAAAAGAAAAAAAGUUUAAACGAAAAGUUACAUUUCUUUUUAAUUUUUAAAACAACACAGGAUAAUAUUGAGCGCUACUCUAAUAAAAUCAAUAGUCAAGAAUAUGUUGACCUUUUAAACAAUAUUGAUAAUGCUAUUGUCUAUCUUGGGGAACAUAUAAAUUUUAAGGAGUCUAGGAUUUAUAAAAUGAAAUAUGAGAGUUUACUAGUAAAUGCAUUAAAUAAAAUUUACAGAGCUGUAAGCACUGUUAUAGUAGAGGCCACAAAACAGGUCCUUGAUCCCGAUUCUAAAACAAAUGUUGUACCUUUACAUUCCAACUCUGCUGAAUCAAUGGAUAGUGCAUUUGCACUCUAUUAUGGCAAAUUCCAAAGUGCUGCCACUAAAAUCAAAUUGAUACUUUCACAUCUUGAGGAAAAAUCAACGAAAAAUGAACAGUAUCAAAAUAUUAUCAGCGAUUGUCAGAAGUUUUACGUGUCACAACGCCUCCCAAUUUUAAGUACAGCAGUAUCAAAAGCAUUGGCAGAACUGAAGGAAAAAUACAGGACUGAUUACAGUAUUUUGUUCAGGUCUUGUGGCUUAUUUGUGAUGAAAACAUGUCAAGAUGAAGCAAAUUGUUAUCACUACUUUUUCAAUGAAUAUUCAUCUGAAUUCAAUGAUUAUUUGCGAGUUCUUUGCCAGCAUCUGUAUGACGCACUAAGACCAAGUUUGAUAACCAUAAACCACGUUGAAGUUUUGAGCGAAUUGUGUGGAAUAUUACAGAAGGAGAUGCUUGUUGAAAAAACGCUCAACAAUGAUCAUCUGUCAAAAUACGUCGAAGUUUUGCAACAGUUGUUACAAGAUGCUGAGGAACGGCUUGUUUUCCGUACUAACAUUUUUUUCCAACACGAUUUAUUGUCUUAUAAUCCAUCACCGGGCGAUUUAGCUUACCCUGAGAAACUGGAGCAGAUGGAAAAUAUUACUUUGGAACUACAAGACGCACGUACAGAUUCACGUUCUUCAGUUGCCUCUUUGGAAUCGCAAGAAGUUGCGAGUAUUAAUUCGAAUAACCCUUUGGGUCAUUUCAGAUCAUAUACGGGAAAUUCUCCCGCCGAUUUGCACGGCAUGUGGUACCCCACCGUCAAACGCACUCUUGUUAUUUUAUCGCGACUCUAUUUUUGCUUAGAUAGGGAAACAUUCCAAGGUCUGGCUCAGGAAGCUUUACUCAUUUGUAUUCAGACUGUACAACAAGCUGCUAAUCUUAUAUCAGCGAGAAAAUCCGAAAUUGACGGGCGAUUAUUCCAAAUCAAACACUUGCUAAUAAUCCGGGAGCAAAUCGCCCCGUUUCAAGUCGAUUUCACUGUCAAAGAAAUGAGUCUGGACUUUAGCAACGUCCAAAAAGCCGCUGUUGAAUUGCUGAACCACCGGGAUAAAUUGUUCACAUUUGGUAGCAAUAAUGCGCUUUUAGAGUUUCUUCUAGAAGGCACUCCACGUGUCCGGGAGUAUCUUGUAGACUCGAGGAAAGAAAUAGACAAACAAUUGAAACUGUCAUGUGAAGCGUUUAUUAAUUGCGCAACUAAUUCCUUGACUGGUAAUUUGCAACAAUGGCGAAAAAAGGUCGAGCAAGUUCAAGCUACAAACACUGAGGAAAACAGUGUAAUAAUUCCGCAACAAGAAUUUGCCAAAGCCAAAAUUAUUGCUGAUAUAAUUAGUGAAACUUUGAAAACUAUGAAAUUGAAAGUACCGGAAAUACAGAGGUCUAUGCAAUUGUAUUUAGCUAAUAGGGAAACAGAAUUUAUUCUAUUUCGUCCAAUUAAAAAUAAUGUAAUAAAUGUUUUUGUGCAAAUUGAGCAAACGUUGGCCACUUGUGGUUACAGUGGUGAAGAAUUACUUCUUAUUGGUUGUCCAUCGCCAGAACAAAUUAACGUUUUAAUUUGUUCAGUGUCGUUAACUGCCGAACAAGAUUACAAUAUGGGAAGACAGCCAUAACACGUAUUUUUAUAAGUUAUAACUACUAGUAGGGACCCUUGAGAACACUUUGUGUUUUAAUCAUUUUGCCCUAAUUUUCAAGGUAACUUUUUAAUAAAGUUCAAUUUUUAAGAAAUUUA